UCCCCGUCUUCGCCGUGGGUCACGUGACGUGUUGCAGAGUUGAGAGGUCAAGCGGCCAUCUUGUGCCGGGCCCGGGGCCCUCACGGAGAGACAUGGCGUCGUUUUCGGAGUCGGCCCUGGAGAAGAAGCUGUCGGAGCUGAGCAAUUCGCAGCAGAGCGUGCAGACCCUGUCCCUGUGGCUGAUCCAUCACCGGAAACACGCGGCCGCCAUCGUUACUGUGUGGCAGCGGGAGCUCCAGAGAGCAAAAUCAAGCCGGAAACUGACAUUCUUGUAUUUGGCCAACGACGUGAUCCAGAACAGCAAACGGAAGGGCCCUGAAUUCACCCGAGAAUUUGAGAAAGUGUUGUUGGAAGCCUUUUCGCAUGUUUCCAGUGAAGCAGAUGAUGGUUGCCGGAAACCAUUGGAGAGGUUGCUGCACAUCUGGCAGGAGCGUAGUGUCUACACCGCUGACUUCAUCCAGCAGAUCAGACUGGCAUUGGAUGAGGAUGACAGCCCCAGGGAGCCUCCAGUGGUCGAGGAGAAGGCAACAUUGAAACGCAGUUUUCAGCAGGUCCAAGAAGAGGAGGAUGAUUAUCCAGGCAGCUAUUCCCCUCGGGAUCCUUCCACUGGUCUUCUCCUGACCGAUGAUCUCAUUAAAGCUCUGCAGGACCUGGAGAAUGCCGCCUCUGGAGAUGCAGCAGUAAGGCAGAAAAUUGCCUCCCUUCCACAGGAGGUUCAGGACGUGUCUUUACUGGAAAAGAUUACAGACAAAGAGGCAGCAGAGCGACUUUCCAAGACAGUAGAUGAGGCGUGCCUGCUGCUGGCAGAAUAUAAUGGGCGGCUAGCGGCAGAACUAGAUGAUCGUCGGCAGCUGGCGAAGAUGCUAUUGGAGUACACACAGAGCCAAAAGGAGACUUUAACAAACAAGGAGAAGAAGCUAGAGGAGUACAAACAGAAGCUUGCCCGUGUAACGCAGGUCCGGAAAGAGUUGAAGUCCCAUAUACAGAGCCUGCCCGACCUGUCACUACUACCCAACGUCACGGGUGGACUGGCACCUCUUCCUUCCGCCGGGGAUCUCUUCUCUACCGAUUAGGAGCAACUCUUUGUUUGGUCCACUCCUUUAUCCAUCCACACCUAAACCUAAACACCAGCAGAGGAGGAGUGGAGUCUUACUGAGCUAGAGAGACUGGAACGGGAUCCUCAAUGAAUUAUGACCCUAUGGCGCCCACCAGGGAGAGUAACUACAAGCCAGUGCCCCAUCUCUUUCCCAAGUAGAGUCUUAGUGUCAGCUGCUGAUGGACAAAGCCAAGAGGGCAUUUGCUGGGCUCCCACCAUCUUUAUGAAUUUUUUUUUAGAGACUCGUUUAUGAUGUGUGCACAGAUUAUGCUUCUUGAUUCGCUUUUUUGGCAGCUUCUCUUUCCUGUUCCAAUCAGGAGAUGGGGGAAAUUAAUUUUGUGUUCAGGUGCAGCAUGGCUAAUUUCCUUGUAAUGUGCUGCUGGUCAGGAGUAAUACACAAUAUAGUGUGUCUCAUUCUGAAGCGUGUCCGAGAGUC